AUGCCGCCUCAUGGGGGCCGCUUCCCUGGGCACAACCUGUCCAACCCCUUCGUACAACUCCCGGGCCCGAUGCCGCAGCAGCAGCAGCAGCAAGCACCGCUCCACCAACAACAUGCGCAGAACAUGCAACACCCGGGCUUUGGUGGGGCAGCACAAACCCAUAAUCUCAACCUCUUUGGCCAGCACCAGACGGGCUUCCAGUCAAACGCAGGCCUCGGUGGUGGUGGUGGUGGCGGCCUGGGCGGCGCAGGACUAGGUGCAGCAGCAGCGCUCGGAGGGGUAGGCGGGGGAACGGGCUUGGACGGCCAUGAAGCGCGCAUGCGGUUUGCCCAUGGCGCCCAACUGCAAGAGAAUGCUGUCCGUGGUCAGGAUGGCGCCAAAGGACUCGCCGGUCAGCGCAUUCGCGAGGUUUGGCGGGGAAACCUGCACCAAGAGAUGGAUCUGUUACGCUCGCUCAUCGACCAAUAUCCCUAUAUCAGUAUGGACACCGAGUUCCCCGGCGUCGUGGCCCGACCAAUCGGCGAAUUCAACUCAAAGGCCUCGUAUCACUACCAGACAGUACGCUGCAAUGUCGACCUGCUCAAGAUCAUACAACUCGGCAUCACCCUCUUCUCUGUACAAGGCGAGGUACCACCCGCUCACCUGGACACCUCCUCACUAGCCUACCAACCCAAAUCCUUACAGCGAUAUGCCAACAACAUCAUUCCCUGUCCUUGCACGUGGACCUUCAACUUCCAGUUCUCUCUCGAUGAAGACAUGUACAACGAGGAAUCGAUACAAAUGCUCAAAAAGUCUGGAGCCGAUUUCGACAAGCACAACACCCAAGGUAUCAAUCCACAAGAGUUCGGCUCGUUGCUGAUAACAUCUGGGAUGACGCUCAGCGAAGAUGUCAAUUGGAUAUCCUUCCAUUCCGGCUACGACUUUGCGUACUUGAUUAAGAUGCUCAGUGCACAGCCCUUGCCCGAAGACGAAGACUCGUAUAGAAAGCUGGUCAAUAUCUUCUUCCCUCGUUUACUGGACGUCAAGUAUCUUUGGAGACAUGCCAACAACAUGGUUCGCCGAGGAGUGAUUGGCUCCACCGCGACCAACAUUCUCAACAAUCUGGGCACCAAGUCAGGACUACAAGACCUCGCCGACGAAUUGGGCUGUCAGCGUAUUGGCAACUCGCACACCGCUGGGUCCGAUGCAUGGCUUACAGGCACUGUCUUUUGGGACAUGAGGAAAAAGAUAUUCGACGGCAACAUUCCCGAAGAGAUGAAUGGCCAGAUGUGGGGACUUACAGGCGUCGGUCCACCAGCGAGCGCCACGGCUCAAGCUGCCGUACUGGCUGCACAAGGUGCACAGACGUUGACCGGAUUUCAAGGCAUGAACGGUAGGUUUGAGUUCCAUCCUGGCCAAGCAAGGCACGGUGAUGGGCCCAGUACGCCAACGAAUCACCCAGCAGGUCUAGCGUCAACACCAGGGCCAUCGCAAGGCGGAAUGAUGACUCCGGGUCAAUAUGGCGGUUAUGUUGCGCAAAAGAAGUUUAUAACAUCAGAUACCCAAGUCGACAGUUCGCAACAUCGCGAUCGAUAUGAAAUACUGUUUCCUCCAUUGUUUCAGCAGUCACUACCUUUGUCUUCAACUCGCUUCGAACCAUCUCCUCAUUGCCCAGCAUUUAUACCUGGACAAGAUUAUCAAGAGGCAGCGUUGCACCGACAACAACAACACCACCAGGGGUCUGAGCCCGCAUUACUACCACCAUUGCCUCAUGUCCGUUCCCAUAUCAUUCCACAACCACAUCAUGAUAGACCAAUUCCUUUAGCGCCUCUCGCACACUUCCGAAACCAUCAUGCACAACUUCCCCCUUUACCACCACCACGACGAGGACGCCCCCCUCCUCGACAUAUCAGCCCAAAGCAGCACCACCUUUCCUCUACGCCAGCCGACCAAUUUGAUAACCGCACCGAAUUGGAAACCAGGCUUCGCCAAUCCAAACGAAAUAUCGAGUACUUACCCCGUUUACCACCGCCAUGCCACCUUCCUCGACAUCUCCGCCCAGAGCAAAAUCACCCCCGAACCCCGCCAGUUGUUCGAUUAGAUAAGCGCACAAAAGCGGAGACCGGCCUUCAGCGAUCCAAACCAACCCUUAGACAAUUCCCACACUCGGCUGCGCCCGCACACGCCGGACUCCAACCAACUUUUGGAGACAGACGCUCGGUGAAUGACGGAGAUGGCUUGAAGUCGCCCGAACAGCAAGAACAGUGUGGCCGGGAGAACAGCAUUAGGCCAUCUCCCGGGCUGGGUCCUGAUGCUCAGCAGGCCGGACACAGAGGGUCGUUCAUAGGGCCGCUCGGUCAGUCAGAAAAUCGUGUCCCGGCAAGAGAGCACAUUAGGCCUCCUCCUGGGCUGGAGAAUAGUGCCGGGCUAUUUACUGCUGAGAUGUUUGAAGACAGAGGGCCGUUGAGUAAUACAUAUGGCUUGGGGUCAUCACCUCAGUCACAACAACGUGUCCCGGCGGGACAGAACAUGAGGCCACGUCCUGGGAUAGGUCGUGAUGCCAGGCAGCCUGCAGACAGAAGCUCGUUACACAACACAAAUGGCCAGCAGUCGCCAUUCCGCCCACUAUGGCAGAGCCCAGACGUCACCAUGCUGCCAGUACCUGGUCUAACACCUGAUGUCCCGCAGGUUGAAGACGAAGAGUUGGUCCUAGACGGCCUGGGCUCCCCAUUCCAGCCUCAACCGCAGUUAGACCGCCUCCGGGGGUGGAACAUAAUGCGCGUUGGGACUUGA